AUGACCAAUUCCUGCAAAGAGUUUGUGAUAAGCGAACAUAUUAAAAAUAUUUCACGAUUUGUUGCUGAAGAGUAUUACUUCACUAACACGGAAGAACGAUUCAAUAUUCCAUGGAGAAUGAGAAUAUGGAAAAAGAAUGGAUAUUUUGAGUUUUAUUUGAGAUGCGAAAAGGAAGAAUGUGAAAACAGAAAAUGGUCAAUUGAAACUGAGUUUACAUUGAAAUUGAUUUCAUGUAAUGGAAAACGUUUGACAAAAACAGACAAUUACACGUUUGAAAAACCGGAAGAACGUGGUUGGUCUGAAUUCAUCCGUUGGAAAGAAUUAGAGUGUGAUUACGGGGUUGAUGAUAGUAUUGUUGUUGAAGCUCAUGUCAAAAUAAUUAAAAUAACCUACUCUCCGUGCAUUGAAAACGAAAAUCAGAAAAUAUUUCUGUUGCAUCACACUGUUAAAAAUGUUUCAAGUAUUAAAGAAGGAGGUAACUAUUUCACAAAUACAGAGAAAAGAUUCAAUAUUCCAUGGAGACUACAAAUUCAAAGAUUCAAUGAAUUUUUUGGACUAUAUUUGCGAUGUGAAAAAGAACUAUCCAAUAGAAGGAACUGGACAAUUGAAGUGGAAUAUGAUCUAAGAUUGGUGUCUCUGAAUGGCCAGAGUUUAUCUAUCAAAGGAACAUCCACUUUUGAAAAGCCAAUAAGUUACGGCUAUUGCAAGUUUAUUAGAUGGGAUGAUAUGGAAAAUAAGUAUAUGGUGAACGACAGUGUAAUCAUUGGAGCUCUCGUCAAGAUCACCAAAAUGACAGGAUGUGAAGAGCAAACAAGUUGGUCCUGGAUGAUAAAUUCUAUGUUUGCGUAA